GUUAAAAACAUAAACAUGCUUAGAUAAGCUGAUAUGCGUGAUUAGGUCGAGACGCGCGGUACAUCCGGGUGACAAACGCAGCGGGAGAGAAGCGCGAAAAAACAAACCAGCAAAUGAUUCAUCCACCAGCCGUAAAAACACGAAUAAACCCUGUUUUUUUAUGAUUAAUAUCGGUUUGGGGGUUGUUAAAUGAACUCGAAAUGACGGAAUUACUUUUAAACAAGAGGUUACAGGUGUUUGUGAAGAAUAGAGACACCGAUGAGAGACGUUCGUUCAUUCGUAUCAGUAUUGAACUGCAGCUAUCAUCAAAUCCUAUCCACAGAAAGGAUUUGGUUGUACGGUUGACAGAUGAUACCGAUCUCUACUUUUUAUACAACCUUGUCAUAUCAGAGGAAGAUUUUCAGAGUUUAAAGGUACAACAAGGGCUUUUAAUAGACUUCACAUCAUUCCCACAAAAAUUUAUUGACUUGCUCGAGCAGUGCAUCUCUGAACAGGACAAAGAAAACCCACGGUUUCUCCUGCAGCUCACGUCGGCUUCAUCAGCGUUCGAUCACAGUCCUUCAAACCUCAACAUUGUAGAGACCAACGCUUUUAAACACCUCACGCAUCUCUCUCUGAAACUGCUGCCGGGAUCUGAUACAGAUAUUAAGAAGUAUCUGGCCAUCUGUCUGUCCACCGUGAAGGAGGAAAAGCAGCAGUUGGAACAGAAGUUGAGAAAGACUGAGGACGAUCUGACGAGACCGCUAAAUUACGCACAGCAAACGCUGUCUGAGAAGAGUCGAGAGCUGGACAAACUGCGAUCUGAAUGGACGUCUCAAACGACCUCUCUGUCCAGCAGACACAUUCAGGAUCUCUCAGCUGAGCGUGAACAAGCUCUCGAGACACAAGCCCGUCUGCAGCAGCAGAAUGAACAGCUGCGACAGGAACUUGAGUCGUCUCAUCACAGAAGCACCCAGCAGCUCCAAACCAAAGUCUCUGAGCUAGACACGGCCAACAGAGAGCUCAACGACAAGAAAUACAAGAGCGACUCCAUCAUUCGAGAUCUCAAAGCCAAACUGGCCAGCCUGGAAGAGGAGUGUCAGAGGUCCAAGCAGCAGGUUCUGUCGUUGAGGAGAGAGAACAGCACCCUGGACACCGAAUGCCACGAGAAGGAGCGUCUGCUCAACCAGCUGCAGACGCGAGUGGCCGUCUUAGAGCAGGAGAUCAAAGAUAAAGAGCAGCUGGUGCUGCGAACCAGAGAGGUGCUGGAGGCCACACAGCAGCAGAAGAACUCUGUGGAAGGAAAUGUUGAAAGUAAGCAAGUUCAGAUAGGCAAGCUGGAGGCCACGGUAAAAUCCCUGUCGGAGGAGCUCAUCAAGGCGAACGGCAUCAUCAAGAAGCUCCAGGGGGAUCUGAAGGCACUGGUGGGGAAGAUCAAGCUGAAGAACACGGUGACGGUGUCUCAGGAGAAGAUCCUGCAGGAAACCACAGAGAAACUGCAGCGGGAGCAGCUGGAGCUGCAGGACGCCCAACAACGGCUCCGACAGAAAGAGGAAGAGGUAACGAAAUUAAAAGAACAGUUAGACGCGACAGUUCAGAAACUGGACGAGAGCAGGGAAGUGUUAAAAACCAAUGAGAACGUGAUCACUUGGCUGAACAAGCAGCUGAAUGAGAACCAGUUCUCUGAGAAGCAGGAAACUUUAGGAGUGUUCGAGACUCCUGCUGCAGGUCUGAGAACAGGAAGUGUUCCUCACAGUAUGGUCCAGUUUAACCCUAUGAGUGCCAAACCUCCAGCAGCAGACGUGAGUCCCUCUUCACUCUCCCAGCCCUCCAAUAAAGAGAACGGAGAACCUAUUGGUCUGGACUCCAAGUACUUUGAGAGAAGAGAUGAUAGCAUUCCUCUCCGCGGCCUUCUACCCAGCAUGCAUCUAAACCGAGGCAAAACACAAACACUGUUUUUCCCCAUUUAUUCCUAAUUACUAGACCUUUUUAUUAAGUAUUUAAUAUCUGUACCUACAGAUGUUCCUAAGACUUUGAACACGGUUGGAGCAAAGCCAACAGCGUCCUCAACUUCUGCGUAUUUCCCAGGAUGACAAGCAGCAGUUUAGAUGUACUUCUCUUCAUCACUACGCUGUGUGUGAAUGCCACUUCUAAGAUGGGAAUUCAUUGCAUUCUUGUUUAAAAUGUCUUCAAUAAUUUAUUAAAACAUUUAUUUUUAAACCCA